AUGGAUGAACGCUUCACCCUCUCUGUCAUGGAUGCUAUGGUUGCCCUUAGUUUGAAGAUGUAAUCUGGAGACAGGUGUUUUAUACAACAGCCUUCUGUGUUCUCUUUUCGUCUCCCACCGCAUUUGUUAUCAUACUCUGCUUCCAAAACAUUCUACUGAUUUCAAAACUCGGUCAACUUCUUCCGUGACAACAUCACUGUCAUCAGAAGACUCUACAAUGUCUGGUUCAAUGAAAAUGUUUAUACAGUGGCUUGCGAAAGUAUUCACCCCCCUUGGCAUUUUUCCUAUUUUGUUGCCUUACAACCUGGAAUUAAAAUGGAUUUUGGGGGGAUUUGUAUCAUUUGAUUUACACAACAUGCCUACCACGUUGAAUAUUUUUUAUUGUGAAACAAACAAGAAAUAAGACAAAAAAACAGAAAAUUUGAGCAUGCAUCACCACCCCCAAAGUCAAUUCUUUGUAGAGCCACCUUUUGCAGCAAUUACAGCAGCAAGUCUCUUGGGGUAUGUCUCUAUAAGCUUGGCACAUCUAGCCACUGGGAUUUUUGCCAAUUCUUCAAGGCAAAACUACUUCAGCUCCUUCAAGUUGGAUGGGUUCCGCUGGUGUACAGCAAUCUUUAAGUCAUACCACAGAUUCUCAGUUGGAUUGAGGUCUGGGCUUUGACUAGGCCAUUCCAAGACAUUUAAAUGUUUCCCCUUAAAGCACUCGAGUGUUGCUUUAGCAGUAUGCUUAAGGUCAUUGUCCUGCUGGAAGGUGAACCUUUGUCCCAGUCUCAAAUCUCUGGAAGACUGAAACAGGUUUCCCUCAAGAAUUUCCCUGAAUUUAGCGCCAUCCAUCAUUCCUUCAAUUCUGAUCAGUUUCCCAGUCCCUGCCGAUUAAAAACAUCCCCACAGCAUGAUGCUGCCACCACCAUUCUUCACUGUGGGGAUGGUGUUCUCGGGGUGAUGAGAGGUGUUGGGUUUGUGCCAGACAUAGCGUUUCACUUAAUGGCCAAAAAGCUCAAUUUUUUGUCUCAUCUGAACAGAGUACCUUCUUCCAUAUGUUUGGGAGUCUCCCACAUGGCUUAAGUAAUUGCUUUUUUCUGGCCACUCUUCCGUAAAGCCCAGCUCUAUGGAGUCUACGGCUUAAAGUGGUCCUAUGGACAGAUACUCCAAUCUCCGCUGUGGAGCUUUGCAGCUCCUUCAGGGUUAUCUUUGUUGCCUCUCUGAUUAAUGCCCUACUUGCCUGGUCCAUGAGUUUUGAUGGGCGGCCCUCUCUUGGCAGGUUUGUUGUGGUGCCAUAUUCUUUCAAUUUUUUUAUAAUGGAUUUAAUGGUGCUCCGUAGGAUGUUCGAAGUUUCUGAUAUUUUUUUAUAACCCAACCCUGAUCUGUACUUCUCCACAACUUUGUCCCUGACCUGUUUGGAGAGCUCCUUGGUCUUCAUGGUGCCGCUUGCUUGGUGGUGCCCCUUGCUUAGUGGUGUUGCAGACUCUGGGGCCUUUCAGAACAGGUGUAUAUAUACUCAGAUCAUGUGACAGAUCAUGUGACACUUAUAGUCGCUACAUUUCCGUUUUUUAUUUUUUUGAAAAAAUUACUUUUUUUCAUUUCACUUUACCAAUUUGGACUAUUUUGUGUAUGUCCAUUACAUUUAAUCCAAAUAAAAAUCAAUUUAAAUUACAGGUUGUAAUGCAACAAAAUAGGAAAAAACGCCAAGGGGGAUGAAUACUUUUGCAAGGCAUUGUAGGCUUCCUGGAACGGAUCACGUCAUAUUAUCCAUUUAUUUCAACCAAUCAUCAGUCAUCUGAGUCAGUUUAGUACACGUUGAGUUCCCUUCUCUAGAUGCAUGCUGAAAGUCAGUAGUUAAUUUGAUCUCUGAAAAAAGAGCAUUGUAUUUGGUCAAACACAAUUCUCUCCAUCAGUUUACUAAGAAGAGGCAGCAAACUGAUUGGGCGGCUGUUAGAGCCAGCAAAGGGUGUUUUAUUAUUUUUAGGCAGUGGAAUUACUUUAGCUUCCUGUGGACACACUCCUUUAGGCUUUGGUUAAAGAUAUAGCAAAUAGUGGUGGCAACACAGUCUGCUACCAUUCUCAAUAGUUUCCCAUCUAGCUUGUCUAUACCUGGUGGCUUAUCAUUAUGGAUGGAUAACAAUAGUUUUUCCACCUCUCCCACACUAAUUUCACCAAAUUCAAAACAAUCCUUCUCUUUCAUUAUUAUAUAUUUUAUUUUAAAUAUAUGAUGGUUCACUCUUCAAUAUUGUCGUCCCACUUCAGAGUUUUUUCACUUUGCUAGUGAAAUAGUCAUUGAAAUUAUUGACAAUAUGGAAAAGUUUUGUAAUAAAUGACCCAUCAACUUCAAUGAACGAUGGAGAUGAAUUGGGUUUUCUGCCCAUGAUAUCAUUUAAGGUACUCAAGUAUUUUUUUCAAUUGUGUUUCAUGUCAUUAAUCGUGGUUCAGUAAUAUAGUUUCUUUUUUUUGUUAAAAGUUUAGUCACAAAAAUGUCUCAAUUGACUGUCUGUCAACCAAUCAGCUGAGCAGCCUUUUGCAUAAUUUUCUUUGAAACAUAACAUGUUUCAGUUCAUCAUCAAUCCAGUUCUCACAGUUAGUUUCUAACAGGUGCAACAAUUGGCUUGAAUACUUUUACAAAUACUUACAGUGCUGCAUCUGGAUUCACUGUCGUUAAUGGUGCAGAGCAAUACACUCUCAGUUCCCAUUGGCUGAUUAGUGACCAUAACAUUGUGGCAAUAACGAAGAAGGCCUAAAGUAAUUUAUGAUACAUCAUACAAAAGGUUCUCAGGUCACAGUUAUUUUGUGUUUCUUCCAUUUGCGAAUAAUCGCACCAACUGUUGUCACCUUCUCACCAAGCUGCUUGGCGAUGGUCUUGUAACCCAUUCCAGCCUUGUGUAGGUCUACAAUCUUGUCCCUGACAUCCUUGGAGAGCUCUUUGGUCUUGGCCAUGGUGGAGAAUUUGGAAUCUGAUUGAUUGAUUGCUUCUGUGGACAGGUGUCUUUUAUAUAGGUAACAAACUGAGAUUAGGAGCACUCCCUUUAAGAGUGUGCUCCUAAUCUCAGCUCGUUACCUGUAUAAAUGACACCUGGGAGCCAGAAAUCUUUCUGAUUGAGAGGGGGUCAAAUACUUAUUUCCCUCAUUAAAAUGCAAAUCAUUUAUAACAAAAAAAAAUUCUGGAUUUUUUUUUUGUUAUUCUGUCUCUCACUGUUCAAAUAAACCUACCAUUAAAAUUAUAGACUGAUCAUUUCUUUGUCAGUGGGCAAACAUACAAAAUCAGCAGGGGAUCAAAUACUUUUUUCCCCUCACUGUACAUGAUUCCAUAUGUGUUAUUUCAUAGUUUUGAUGUCUUCACUAUUAUUCUACAAUGUAGAAAAUAGUAAAGAUAAAGAAAAACCCUGGUAGGUGUGUCCAAACUUUUGACUGGUACUGUAUGUAAUCUUGGUUUAAACUCCGCUGUCUGUAUUCUGUCUCUAAAUGUUGUCUAUCACUAGCAGCACCAUAUCACCAAGUAACAUUCAGAGAAUGUGUAAAUGUACUUGGUGAAGGUUUAGUGUAUGAAAUCACUCACACUCACACACACACACACACACAUAAACACACACUCACACACGCACGCACACACACAGACACACAAACAAACAAGCACGGAUGGACGCACACACACACACACACACACACACACACACACUUGUCCUCGUCCGUAAACCAUGAGUUUUUUCCUCUCUCUGUGUAUUACAGGAAGAUGUGGAGCGCACCCUCCACCAGGGAGGAGGAGUCUACUCAGGGCUCCGCCCCUCCUCCUCCAGGUACCAACAGGCCAAACAGAGAGAGAGAGACCGUCAGCUGCUGCAGGACGUCGUCUCCCUCUAUCUGUCCUCUUCGCCUGCACAGCCCUUGUUCCGCCACCGGGGGGCAGCAGCCUCACCCUACUACGAGGAACCAGAGCUGCCUCUGGACUUUGUGGAGGACUACAGUCUGACGGAGCAGGCUACGACCAGAGCCAGACAACAGCAGCAGAUACAGAAGCAACAGCAGAAGCUUCCACAGCAGGACUACAGCUCUCUGGCUGGGCUGGAUGGUGAGUUAGUGGAACUGCUGUCUUAGUGGAACUCCACCAUUGGGCUGGAUGGUGAGUUAGUGGAACUGCUAUAGGCUACGAAGUGCAUGCUGGGAGAAGCACAGAGCAAAGUUAUAUUUCUAAGAUAGCUGCUGGGAUGGUGUAAAUAAAACUAGGCUGCAUUACACACUGCAAUGGAUAUUCCCACCCUGAGCCACCGCCUGCUCUGCUCUUGUUGGUCAAAAACGAUUUUGUGUGCUGCUUGACCAAUGGCUGUGCUGUGUAGGCCAACGGUGGCAGUUCAGGAGGAGAGUCAAAGGCUUCUUCCGAAAAUAGUUUUUGAUUAGGCCUCGUCCAAAUAAUGCACUCUCUUGCUCGCAAUCUAUCCUAUAGCCUAUGAUCUGUUCAGUUUGACAAGGAGCGCGCCAAGAUGAGAAGGAGGACUGGAGGUCAACUUUGAUAGUUUGAUACUACUAGAAUUGAUUUGAAUUAUAACAAUAUGUUUCUUGCCCAUAAUGUUUUUAUCAGAGUUAUUGACCUCACAAUAAGCCAGAUUCGAGUAAUUUACAUUGUGGUGCUCAAACUUGAAGCAGCAGUCGCGGCACAAUCAAUCGGAAAUGGGCAGCUCAUGGUGCUGGAAGUAGGCAUAAUUCAUUUCAACCGUCUUCAUUUUAAUUAGACUUUACUAACAACAAGAGGGCUUUGUGUUGGAGUCUAUUUCUUCCUAUUUAAGAAAUAAGAGGUAGGCCUUCCUGUUUGACAGAAGAAAUUAGGCUAUAGGAUGCUAUAUCCAUAGAUUUGUUGGUCAAUUCCUCCACCCACCAAGGAAAUAAAUAAAUAUAAUAUAAUAUAUAAAUAAUAAAUAAAAAAGGGCUGUUAAGUUAAAACCAGGACUUGAAUUGAGGGGGUAUGAGGGGAUAUGAGGGGGUAUGAGGGGAUAUGAGGGGGUAUGAGGGGGUAUGAGGGGGUAUGAGGGGAUAUGAGGGGGUAUUAGGGGAUAUGAGGGGGUAUAAGGGGAUAUGAGGGGGUAUGCCACAGGCCUACUUUUUAUUAAAGAAAAUGGAGGAAAAAAGUUUGCAAAUAAAUUCAUAAAAAAUCCUACAAUGUGAUUUUCUGGAUUUUCUUUUCUCAAUUUGUCUGUCAUAGUUGACGUGUACCUAUGAUGAAAAUUACAGGCCUCUCUCAUCUUUUUAAGUGGGAGAACUUGCACAAUUGGUGGCUGACUAAAUACUUUUUUUCUCCACUGUAUAAAGUGAUCUGUAACAGCGCUUUGGUCCGCGAUGCUUUAUGCUACAAACAAGCUGUAAAAUCCCGGGGAAAGACGUGACUCCGAUAUCAUUGUUUAGUUUCUUUCAUAUUCAGAUGCUGAGCUACAACCUUCUACAGCCGAGGAGACAAACAAUGGACUUUGCUUGGGAAGUAAUCUAAUUCUGUCACUAUCAAUUGAUUAAGCUAUUCACUUUCUGUAUAAUAGAAGAUGUUUAAACCCAGACAGCUUUUAGGGAACCACUUGUGACCCUCUCUCGUUGGGUUAAGCCAUGGAAGAAGAGUAGCCAGCAGUUAAAUCUUACAUUUUGUCUGCGUCGGUAGGCCUACUGUCUGGGGUGGAAAGGUAGGCCUAACUUUUGAAAGUACCAUGCUCAGAUUCCUAAAGAUGUAAUUAUUUGCAAACAGGGACAGUCUCGUUGCAAAUAAGACACACUGAUUUGGCAUUGGAGAAAUAUGAUAAGAUGAACACACAGGCCUAUCUCUCUGUCCAUUCUUAGCCUGUCAGAUAAACACAUAGGACUAUCUCUCUGUCCAUUCUUAGCCUGUCAGAUAAACACACAGGCCUAUCUCUCUGUCCAUUCUUAGCUUUGUCAGAUGAACACAUAGGACCAUCUCUAUGAUUCUGCUAAUAUGUAAAAUGACGUAGAAUUGCCUGAAAUUUUUAUAAAAGUGAGUAUUACAUUGUUAUUGAUUAUUGCAUUGUUGGGUUUUGCGUUUGCAAGAAAGGCAUUUCACUGUACUUGUGACUAGCUAUGUGACAUUAAAACUUGAAACUAAAAGGCAAUUCUUUCCUCGGACUUGCAAAUACGAUGAUAGAUUCAUGCAGUGCUUUUACUAUAAAGGAGAUCUUUCCACCCCAACCCUUGUCCACGUUGGUCUGUGAACCCACAACCUUCUGGCCUCAGCCCUGUCUAUCAAAAUUCCUGCGUUGUCAUGUAAUGCUGACAGGACGAAGAACAGUUUUUAAAACGGCAUAUCUAAAGGCUCUGGUCUGUCCUAGGCGUGAGGGUAAACUGUAAGGAUGUUCUCUGCUAUCCACUUUGUGAUUUAAUUAUUAUUCUUGGUGUAGCGGAGGGUCACUUGUUCUUUUUCAAGCGUUCAGGAAGGGUUUAGGUCAAAUAUAUUUUGCAGAAGUGAGGGGCAUCCAUUUUCAUUUCAGAGAGGUCCUAUUUUCUCUAUGUAUCCUUUAUUAUAAAUAAUGUUGGAAUUAGACCAAGGAUGUUUCUAAAGGAAAUAGCAAUGGAGAACUUCAUCAAAUGUCUCCGAAGGUGUUGGCAGUAUGUUUUAAACUUUUACAGUUAAAAUUGGCUGUAUCUAACAGUUUCUGAAAGAAAGAAAAAAUAUUGCAAAUUGUUGUGGACCUUUAAUCAGAUCGUUUGAAUUCAAUAAUGUCUUGCGUUUACUUUUUCCUGAACCCAAAUAUGUUCCACUGCCCGCGAAUUCUGAAACAUUGUCUAGUAUGUCUACUCAAUAUUUUAUUUUUUGAACUACAGGCCUACUUACAGCGGUAGCCUACACAGGUCAAAGCAAACAGCCUCGUCUCAUAGACUAGAUGUAACAUAGGAAGCAUAAAUCCGGAACACUUCACACAUUAUGCUACGUUACGUUUGCUAUGGUCACAUAAGACGGUUACUUAAGGAAAAAACGAAAGCAGGGUGGUUGAUCUGGCUGAGUGUAUAAUGUGAACAUCUAGCAACCCGAAGGUUGCAAGUUCGAAUCUCGUCAUGGACAACUUUAGCACUUUUGCUAAUUAGCUACUUUUCAACCAGUUACUACUUUUGUAGCUAUACUGAACAAAAAAUAUAAAUGCAACAUGCAACAAUUUCAAAGAUUUUACUGAGUUACAGUUCAUAUAAGGAAAUCAACCACUAGAAAACUUUGCUUAUGCAUGGUAUAAAGUUUUGCGGGGACUGCAAACUAAGAACAUUCUCGCUUGAAGUUCAGUUUUGAUAAAUGCCAGCUUUUGCAUGCAUGUUUUGGGGUAAUAUUUUGUGUGUACGCAACUUUUAUAAAUCCGUCCCCUGGUGAACUCAUGUCUCUGUAGACUCCAUACUGAUCAGUGUCGGGGGAAAGCUACUCUGAAAAAUAUAGUUAACCAAGCUACCAAUUACAUCCCACUGGAAGAAGUUAAGCUAGACUAAAGCCACCCUUAAGAAAAAUAUAGUUUACAUAACUAAAGUUACUCUGAAAAAAGUAGUUACACUACAUCCAAACUACUUCGUGAAAUAUUAUCAUAUCUAAAUAUGAAAUAUUAUAGACUACAAUUUGCAAGAACAGAUCACUCUGGAGUCAGAUCUUAACGGAAUGUGUUUUUUUAGCCUAUUAAACACAAAAACUAUAUUUGAAGUGAGAAUUAGGUCAGUCUGAUGCCAAAAAAGAAAGACAAUGAUUUCCUGCUUUACUUUAUGUUCUCUUUUUUGUUGUUGUUGCUAAAUAAGUAAAUAAAAUAAAUAAGUAGUUAACUACACCACUACAUGACAAAAAAAAAAUAUAUGAACUACUGAAAACACUACCAAGAUUUGAAUUGAAUUCAACUACCACCAAGCUACAGCAAAAUGUAAUUCAAUUACUAGUUCAACUACAUAUAGUUCACCACUGAAUAUUACCCCAAAACAUGCACUGCUGAUACUGACAUAGUCUCUCCUGUCCUGUGUAGAGUUGAUCCUGCAGCGUAUGACGGAGAUCCUGGAGAGGUACGGCGUUGACCCAAGAGACCUGACCCCCCAGCAGCUCUACAGACUUGCUGUUGCGCUGCAGCUGAUGCAGGCAGAGGACCAGGACAUCAUAGGUACGACUCGCAACACAUUAUAGUCAUCGAAUAAAUGAUACAGAUAUCCUUAUGUUUUUUUGCCUCCCAGUCUCUCCUUUUCAUUGGAUUUACAGUAUAUGCAACCUGGUCUAAGAGCAUUUCGUAUUAUUAUUCUGUGUGUAAGUCACUGCAUUUAGUCUGAUAUGUUACGUUUAAUAUGGUAUGUAUUAAUUUGUGGAUGUCCAUCACCCAUUUCAUAUGAUAUGUUAUUAAUUACAAUUCGUAUUAUAUGUUAUGAAUUUGCAAAAUGUACAAUAUGCUAUGAAUUUGCAAAACGUUUCAUAUGCUACGAAUUCUAGCUAGGUGGCUAACGUUAACUAGCUUGCUAAGGUAGGCUAGGGGUCAGGAGUUAGGAUUAAGGGUUAAGGUUAGGGUUAGGGUUAGGGGAAGUCACCCAAGUCAUGGACUGUUCUCUCUGCUACCGCACGGCAAGCGGUACCGGCGCGCCAAGUCUAGGUCCAAAAGGCUCCUUAACAGCUUCUACCCCCAAGCCAUAAGACUGCUGAACAAUUCAUCAAAUGGCCACCCGGACUAUUUACAUUGACCCUAUACUCCAUCUGCCUUGCUAAAACAUCUUUGUAAUGCUCUCUCUUGUUUUUCAGAUCCACUUACCAAUGAUCUAAAGGAGGUAUGUUAAGAUCAGAUAGGAGUAUACGGUACAUAACGACAUCAAAUGUGAUAUGGUCCUCUGUAGCUCAGCUGGUAGAGCACGGCACUUGUAACGCCAAGGUAGUGGGUUCGAUCCCCGGGACCACCCAUACACAAAAAUUUAUGCACGCAUGACUGUAAGUCGCUUUGGAUAAAAGCGUCUGCUAAAUGCCAUAUUAUUAUUAUAUGAUAAUAACAUGUUGUUUACUGUAACAUAAUGACCAUAUAACCAUUAUCGUCAUGUGUGUCCUCCUCCUCCUCCUCUUCCCUCUCCUCCUCUUCUUCUUCCUUCUCUUCCUCCUCCAUUUCUUCUUCUUCCUCCUCUUCCUCCUCCUCUUCCUCCUCCUCUACACAGAUGCAGCAGGUUCUUAAAAGCAGUGACACAGUGUCCAACAAGGCAGAUAAAGCUCCCGUCCUUGUCCCCCCUCCCUCCUCUGCCCCAGGGCCCAAGGUGGCCCCUGCUGCCACUAGUCCGCCCCUCACAGCACCUCUAGGGGGCAGCGUGACAGCCAAGGGCCCCUCUGUGGAUGUGGAAGGGAAGUUGAAAAGCUCCUAUGUCCCAGCGGGGCUACCGGCUGCUGAGAGAGGAACUGCAGCCAGGGAGGAGUAUGGAUACAUCGUCACUAACCAGAGGUCAGUCCUAGUAACGUACUGUGUGGAUCUCUAG